UGUGCCUAUACGCGUAAUUAAAAGGUACAUUUGAUUUGUUGUCCUUUUAAUAAAAAGCGUUGAAUAAACAAAGUAGGAGUUGAGCAACAAAAGACAUGUCGGCCAAGAGAAAGAGCACGACUGGCAAGAACAAGCCGAAAAAAUCCCGCAAAGUCGAGUACGACGAGGAGGAUAUUUCGAGCGAGCACGAAUCCGAGGUUGAGGACGAACAGGCCCAGCUGCAGGCCCAUCAGCAGGAUAAUCACGUAGCAGAUGCCGAGGACGCCCACGAGGACGAUCUCGCCGAUCUCGCCAGUAUUCCCGAGCUUCCCGCGCCUGAGGGAGGAUGGGGCAAGCUUGGAACCUUGCUCAUGUGUGGUCUCACCAAUUGGGACAUUGCUGGACGAAAGGCACCACCUAAAGGUUCAAAGGUGAAUAUCGGACGCAGUUUAUGGACCCCUCACACGUUCAAGAAUCUCAAUGGAGCCAGAGUGAGAUUGGUAGCUUCAGGACCUGCUGCUUCUCACAGCGUGGUUGUCACGGAGGACAAUAAGUGUUUAGUAUUUGGAAGAAACGAUAAAGGGCAAUUGGGAGUUGGUGAUGAAAAACGGCGCGAUGAUCCAACGGAGGUUGAAGCCUUGAAGGGCCACACAAUCAUAGCAGCAGCUUGUGGUCGUAAUCAUACCCUGUUUCUUACGAGUCGCGGUAUAGUCUUUGCUGCAGGUGACAACAAGUUAGGUCAGUGUGGGGUUGGAAAAUCUGAUGCCACAAUUCUCACUGCCACUAAAGUAAAGUAUAGCGGUCCUCCUAUCAUCAAAGUCGGCUGUGGAGCCGAAUUUUCUAUGAUCUUGGACGUUAAAGGUGGACUGCAUUCCUUUGGAAGUCCAGAGUAUGGUGCAUUGGGUCAUAAUACAGAUGGCAAAUACUUCAUUACAAGUACAAAGCUAGCCUUCCAUUUUGAAAAAGUUCCGAAACGUAUUGUCAUCUACGUCGAGAGGACAAAGGAUGGCCACAUCACGCCUCUAGACAGUGUCGAAAUUACAGACUUCAGCUGUGGCUACCACCACACUGUAGCAAUCGAUAGCAGGAGCCGUGCCUUUUCCUGGGGCUUUGGUGGUUUCGGUCGUCUCGGUCAUAACGAGCAGCGUGACGAGCUGGUACCUCGUCUCAUCAAAUUUUUGGAGCCACCAAGUCGUGGCGUCAAGGCUGUUUUUUGCGGAAGCACUUUUAGCCUUGUUUUGAACGUUCAUGGUAGCAUGCUGCUGUUUGGCCAGGCGAAGCGCACCGGGGAAGCAAAUAUGUACCCCAAACCGAUUCAGGAUCUGUCUGGCUGGGACAUUAGAUGUGUUGCUUGCUCGCAAACCAGCGUUGUUGUGGCAGCUGAUGAAUCGGUGAUUGCUUGGGGCUGCAGUCCUACAUUUGGUGAACUGGGAUUUGGUGAGAUGAGAAAAUCAUCGACAACUCCAAUGGAAGUGAAAGCUCUGGAAGGAAUGUACAUAACAGCUGUAACUUGUGGGCUUUCCCACACUCUGAUGAUCUGUCGUGAUGAAUUGGAAGAAGAUAAAGCAAAGAUUGCAAAACUCCAAGAGUAUUCAGUUUAAGUCUGAGUGUAGCAACGAAAAAUCGCCAGAAAAUAAUUGAAUGUACCGAGUUUUUCACUGUUCUAACAGGAAUUUAUUGAAUUCGAGUUAAUCACAGUGGUAUUUUAUCUUUAUUUAAACAUAGCAAUUGAUACUUUAAAACAGUUUUGAACAAACAGCUUGAGUUUAAGAUUAUUUAACUUGGCUUUAAUAAAUAAACAAACAAUAUACUUUGAA